AUGCGUUUUGUCUCAUCAAACAAGCUGAAAUUCAUGGAUGGCGUGAAACGCCGGAUCGUGAUCCCGGAGGCGCGAUGCAGCCGCCCCAAAGCCGUGGCCAACGCUCACAUCGAGGCUGGGAAUCGCACGGAGCUGAAUUCCCGUCUGCGCUACUCCUGCAAUCCCGGAUACAAACGGAAAGCCGGGACCUCCAGCCUCAUCCAGUGCAUCCUCUGGAACGGCUCCGAGCCCCGCUGGACCGACCCCACGCUCCAGUGCAUCCGAGAUCCGGCUCAUUCCUGGGAAACCCCCAGCAUGGAGAGCACGACCCAGAGGGGAAGAACCGAUGCCAGCCUGAAUCCCAGCCCAAAUUCCAGCCCCUCUCCAGCUUCCAGUCAGUCCCCUGUGCUGCCAGAUGGAUCCAGGCCGCCGGAGACGAUUCCAACACCGGACACAUCCACGCUGGGAGAGGGGAGAACCCCGCUGCCCAUCCCACCCACGGAUCACGCCACAGUUUCCAUCCUGUCCGUGGGCUCUUCCAUCGGAUUCCUGGUGCUGCUGGCCACCGGAAUUGCGGCCGCCUGCUGUUGGAGGAGGAAGUGCACCGGGCAGGGCUACGCGGUGACGGAGAUGGAUAUUCCCAUGGAAGCUCAUCCCGCUGGGAAUGAGGAGGUGGAGCCUCCCGUCGUCGUCCCCACAGGCUGAGCACCCGGCCCGGGGACACUCGGAGCGUUCCCAUCCCGAGGGAUGCCGGAGGAUGGAAUUCCGGCCGCUUCUCUGAGAGCAGCCAGGGACGCGCGGCUGAAUGCGGAUGGUUCCCACGGAUGAUUCCGAAGGUGGGGGAAUGUCCUACACUGGGAGCUGGGAUUUGUGGGAAUUGGCCCUGGGGAUGCUGGUGGUGGGCAGGGAGAGGGUUGGGAUGUUGGGAUGGGAUUUGGGAUGAAUCUGCCCCAGGUAAUUCCCAUCCCCUGUCCAUGGAUAGACUCAGAUUAGCUGGAUCCCAUCCCUUUCCCGGCUCUGUCCCAAAUCCCAGGAAUUGGAUGGAAAGACCCAGCUGAGCAUUUCCACACAUCCUCAUCCCUCUCCUGCUCUCUUCCAGGCACUGAGCCAAAGGUGUUGGGAGCAUCCCGCCCUCACACACAGCUCAGGGAUCCUUGGGAAGCACUUCCAGCACCGAUCCCGGCUCCAGAUCCUGAUCCCCACCCGGAAUCCAAGCUGGAGCGGCGUCUCCACGGACACCAUUGACGACCAAAUAAUUUAGGGAAUAUUUUCCUUUGUGUGUUUCCCUUUAUCCAUCAGCAGUUUUUAUCCACUUGUUCCCUUAUCCAGGAACUUGUUUCCUCACACUCCAGAAAAGGCAGCUCUCUAUUUUUAGGUAGAAAUAAAUGUAUUUUAUAUGGAAAAUACACUCAGAUUUUUAACUGGAUGUCUUAGGAAGGAUUGGAUUGGGAUGAAUCCCGCUGCAUUCCCAUCGGACACCGCGGAAUCGAAGGGUUCAUUCCCAACCUCCGGAGGUGAUGGCACAGAGGAGUUCUCGAAAAGCUUGGGAUGCACCGGCUGGAAUUCCAUGGAUUUUCCUGGCUGCUCUUGUCCUGUCUGUGCCUCUGAUCUGGGGCACAUCCCUCUUCCCAAGGAACCAGGAAUCUCGGGAGAGGCCGGAAGGGAGCCCUGGGAUGAUCCAACAGCCACUCCAGGCUUUGUGCUCCCAUCCAGAUCCAAGAGUUUGGGAGAAUUCCUGCCCACGCCGGGAACGCAUUCCCGGAAUCGGCUUCCAAAGUGGAAGGAGAGGGAGGAGAGGAAACAGCUCCAUGGAAUCCAAUCCAUCCCAUGGAAUAAAAACCAGGAUGGAUUCCUGUGGCAGCUCCAGGCCGUGGCCAAGGGCAGAAUCCAAAACCACUUCCAGUUUUGGUUUCCCAUGGCACAGACUCUGGAAUUGUGGCCUCCAGGCACGGAGAGCGUGAUCCGGGAAAUAAAAGGAUAUUUGAGGGCAGGGAAGAGACACAAUGGAAGUGUUGAGGGUUUUUGUGGUUUUUUUGGCUAUAAAUUUAAUUUGAGGAUUGGAAAUCCCUCUCCAGUUUGUCCCCGAAUUUUUCUGCUCCUGCCUUAUCUCCUCCCUCCUGCUUGGCUGCAGGGAGGAGGGAAAGAAUCCAGGGAAAUCCCUUGGCUGCAAGGAUGGAAGAUGAAUUCACUGGGAGAGAUUCAGGAUUUCCUCCCGUGGCUGGACAGGAAGGGUUCAUUUCCAAUAAAUAAUUCUUCGGAUAUUU